AUCUGGUAUCCCAAUUUGCAAAGUCAUGCAAUCAACCCUUAAUCCCAUCACUUGCGUAUUUUAUCUUCUUCCUCAAACUCUCCACCAUCAUUCAUUCACACCCCACUUUCCACAAUUUCUCAACUUUCUUAUUAAAUCUUCCUAAUUUUAGGAAUUUCCUACAUGGCGUUGAAUUUGGUUAAGUCAUACUCCACCAACAACGACCAAUCUCCCUUCGAUGAUGUGAAACAGCGAAGGAUUGGGAUAAAUUGCUGCAAUCUCGUCGUGGGAGGAGGAGAGAGAAAACAGAAGCAGAAGAAGAAAAGCAGAGAAACUUCAGUUUCAGCAAUGGCGGCUUCUCCUCCUCUUUCUUCAAAAUUCAAUGGAAUUUCCGACGAUCUUAAGAUCAUUCUCGACGCUAAUAUGGAUGAAGCUCCUGCUCGUCGCCGCGCUCGUGAGGCUUUCAAGGAUAUUCAACUCUCAAUUGAUCACUGCUUAUUCAAGAUUCCAACUCAGGGUUUGAAGAUGGAUGAGAGGUAUGAAAAGAAUUCAAGAGGUUUGGAAAUCUUCUCCAAAACUUGGCUUCCAGAGUCGUCUCCACCAAAAGCAUUAAUUUGCUUUUGUCAUGGCUAUGCAGACACAUGCACGUUUUUCUUCGAAGGAAUUGCGAGAAAGCUAGCAUCAGCUGGAUAUGGGGUUUGUGCAAUGGAUUAUCCAGGUUUUGGCCUUUCAGAUGGUCUUCAUGGUUAUAUUGAAAGUUUUGAUGGGCUCGUCGAUGAUGUGAUUGAGAACUACUCCAAAAUAAAAGCAGAAAAACCAGAGUUUCGUGCCCUUCCAAGUUUUUUGUUUGGACAGUCUAUGGGCGGAGCUGUGGCUCUUCAGGUGCACUUCAAGCAACCCAAUGCUUGGAAUGGCGCAGUUCUUUUGGCACCCAUGUGCAAAAUUGCAGAUGACAUGUAUCCUCCAUUUAUAUUGACCCAGAUUUUAAUUACAUUAGCUAUGGUGUUUCCAAAAUCGAAAUUGGUUCCACAAAAAGAUUUAGCUAAGUUGUCAUUCCGAGAGAACGUAGAACUGACAGUUUAUAAUGUCAUUUCGUACAAGGAUAAACCGCGCCUGAAGACAGCUGUUGAGAUGCUUCACACAACAGACAAGAUAGCUAGUCGACUGGAAGAAGUGUCAUUUCCGUUGUUGAUCCUACAUGGAGAGGCUGAUAAGGUAACCGAUCCAUCAAUAAGCAAGGCACUAUAUGAGAAGGCAAGUAGUACCGACAAAAAGCUUCUUCUUUACAAGGAUUCGUACCAUUCACUUCUUGAAGGGGAGCCAGAUGAGGUUAUUUUUCGUGUUUUUGAUGAUAUCACCUCUUGGUUAGAUAAACGCAGCAUGAACGAAUCUAAUCAGACCUGAUGAAUUAAAAUUAAGGGGAAACAAUUUUUUUUUUUUUUUUUUUUACGGAAUAUUUGUUUUGUACAAAGGAAUUACUAUAGGCUUUGGAAAAAAUUUGGUGCUAAAAGCAUUGUUGUUUAAUUGAAUUAUUUUAAAGUGAAUAUGCAAUAAAUUAAUUUGAAGCCAUUCUAUUGUUUU